CAUCUCUCUAAUUUAAUUUCUUUAUAUUCGUGUUGCUUGUGAUUUGCUCCUACUGAUUUUUGAAUAAGUGACUUUAAAACUUUCAUAUCUCCUAGAAUUUUAUUAUUAAUUCAGGUAUGGAUUUUAGUUUCGUUCUAGAUUCUGUUGGAGAUAAGGCAAGAAAUGAAGUAUUCUCUUCAUUCCCAAUAGAGGAAACAGAAGAGGCCUUUAUUAUAGCUUCCACCCACACAAAAGGUUUACUUAUUGAACAAUUAAAGCAAUUCAGAGAUAAGCGUUCUGGGUUAUUAAAGCAAAAAAAACAAGAUGUAAUACCAAAAACAGGACAGACGGAAUUAAAAACAUCCAUGAGGGCUUUUAAAAAAACUGAAUGGUUCAAGAAACAAAAAGCUAAAGCUGAAGGAAGAAAACCUGAAAUUCUAAAAAUAAAGUCAAUAAUAGGAACAAAUAAUAUAAAAGAUUCAAAUAAGGCAAAAAACUUGGAUCUGGAAGUAAAAAAAGCUGUACAAAAAGCAGUGGUUGGUGAACACUUUGAAGACCUGACGGUAGUUCCUCCUUAUGAUGUUCCUAAAAAGAGAUUACAGCAGGAACGAAAGAAUAAAAGAGAAAAGACUAAAGGUAAAAACUGGUUCAAUCUACCAGCCACUGAAAUGACAGAAGAAAUUAAACAAGACUUAGAGGUGCUGCAAAUGAGAUCUGUUUUGAAUCCCAAACAAUUUUACAAGAAGAACGACACACAGGUCUUACCAAAAUAUUUUCAGGUUGGUGAAGUAUUGGAUUCUCCGUUGGACUAUUACAAUAACAGAAUGACGAAGAAAGAACGCAAGAAAACUCUAGUAAACGAAUUAUUAGCUGAUGCAGAUUUUCAGAAAUACAAUAAAAGAAAAUAUCAAGAAAUUAUGGAGGAAAAGCAGAAAAAGCAUUAUAAAAGUUGGAGAAACGCUAAGAAACUUAAAAAAAAAUAGCAUACUUAUUUAAGAUUUAUGUCAAAUAAAUUUGUACUUACUUAAUAUAAACUUUAUUUUAAA